AGUACAGCCUUGGGAGUGGCGGUGGAACAAGGCGCUGCCGCGGCCCUCGAGUCGGGCUUUGUUGUGGCGUGACAUCAGCUGCUGACGGACUUGCUCUUUGAUUAGCAAAGGAAUCAAAAGAGCCUCCUUGCCGCCAAUAAGAGCAUGAAAUCAAAGAAUUAUUCGCGUGAGUUGGAACAGUGACAGUGCAGGGUGGGAGGCGGCCAGCCAUUGGCUGAUUCAUGACUCUUUGAUAUCUCAGCCGCCAUGAUUUCUCGCGUGUGCGUUUCUUCUUGGCCGCGGCGCCCUUGAGUCAAGACGGCGCUGGCUUUGAGGAGACGCGAUGCUUGGCCGCGAGCGUCGUCCCGCGCGAGAGUGAAGGGUCUGGGGACUUCCCCGAAGCGGAACUGCGAACCAGGAUGGUUGUUGGUGACACAGUGCAUCCUGAAAGUGGUAGUGAUGAGCCAGAGGAGUGAAUGCGAGGCGAUACGCGACACGGACCCAGUGAAUUGUAGCGCGACGCGGUCCCUCGAGAGGGAGGGCUGAGGUAGGACGAGCGUCCUUCCGGCACCAUGGACGCCAACGCCAGCGACGAUGACGACGCCUUUGGGAUGUUCGGCGGGUACGCGUCCCGGCCGCGGGUGCAGCGCUCCAUGUCGCAGGUGGUGACGUCGGGGGAGCUCUUGGGCCACUCCCUCCCAAGCAGGAGCAUCUCCGUCAGUAGCGCCCCCACCAGCAUCCUCCAGCAGGACGAGCGGACGCGGCACAAGACAGCGGAGGACCAUCGGCCCAAAAACGCCGGCGACCGACGUAGGAGCCUCAUCGUCGAGGUCUUCGAAUGGGGCAGGAACUGGUUGAUCGAGUCCGAUUCCAAGUCCCUCAAUUCUCUCUCGACGCAGUCUGUAGGCUCCGCCCCAGGCGCCGGCCACUCCCGCAAGUCCUCAGACACGUCUCAGAUUUCGGUGGCUUCUGGGGGUUCCGGGGGUUCCUCUGGCGGGGGUUCAACUGGCGGGACGCAAUCGCAGGACCCAGAAGAGGACCUCUGGGGGCAGUGGGGUAGGCUGGUCAACGACUGGGAGACAUGGCAGAAGAAGAAGAGUUUGCAGCUCAAGGAGCUUGUGCGCAAGGGCAUCCCUCACCAUUUCCGAGGAAUAACAUGGCAGCUCCUCUGCUCGGCACAUAACUCACCAGAAAAGGGCAAAUAUGCGGAAUAUCUCAGAACUACGUCUGCUUGUGAGAAGGUGAUCAGGCGAGAUAUUGCUCGGACGUACCCAGAGCAUGACUUCUUCAAAGAAAAGGAUGGCUUAGGCCAGGAGAGUCUCUUUAACGUCAUGAAGGCGUAUUCUCUACAUGACCGGGAAGUUGGCUACUGCCAGGGAUCAGCCUUCAUUGUUGGUCUCUUACUUAUGCAGAUGCCUGAAGAGGAAGCAUUUGCUGUUCUUGUGAAGCUUAUGCAGGACUACAGGAUGCGUGAAAUGUUUAAGCCAUCAAUGGCGGAGUUAGGCCUAUGCAUGUACCAGCUGGAGUGCCUCAUACAAGAACAUCUGCCAGAUCUUCAUGCUCACUUCACCUCUCAGAGCUUCCACACAUCUAUGUAUGCCUCGUCUUGGUUCUUGACACUGUUUUCAACAACACUUCCGCAGCCACUGGCUUGCCGUGUAAUGGAUAGUUUCCUAGUGGAUGGCAUUGAAGUUAUAUUCAGGAUAGCCUUAGCUUGCUUAACUUUAGGCAAGGAGGACCUGUUCUGUAUGGAUAUGGAGGGCAUGCUCAAGUAUUUCCAACGAGACCUACCUGCCAAAUUUGAGGCUGAUCCGGAAGCCUAUUUUUCACUAGCUUAUUCCCUACGUUAUAAUCCUAAGAAGAUGAAGAAGAUGGAGAAAGAAUAUACAGCUAUGAAAACCAAAGAGCAAGAAGAGUUAGUAGAAUUAAAGAGAUUAAGAACAGAGAACAGACUUCUUAGGCAAAGAAUAGACUGCCUGGAGGCUGAAUCAUCAGCUCUAGCAGACAGAUUGAUUCAAGGCCAAGUAUCCCGUGCAGAGGAAGCAGAACACAACUUUGCCAUUAAGCGUGAACUAGCAGCUCUAAGACAGCAUGAUGGAGAGACCAUGGAACACCUAAGAGAUGCUCGGGACAAGAUCAGAAAGCUCACAGGAAUGAUAGAGGAGAAUUAUUCUUCUCAUGAAUCAUCAAUGGCAGAACUUAUGAUAAAGGAGGAAGAACUUACUCAGAAGGAAGAACUUGUUAAAUGUUUGCAAGAAGAGCUUGUGCAGGUGAGACUAAAGACAGCCGAGGCAGAGGCAACCAUUCGUGACCUUCGAGCCAGAAUCCAAGAGCUGGAGGAGGAGCAGAAGAAGCUGAGGGAAGCCACUCCAGACCACUCUGUGGCCCACUUGCAGGAGGAGCUGAUUGCUGUGCGAUUAAGGGAGGCUGAAGCUAAUCUUGCCCUUAAGGAUUUGAGACACAGAGUUCAGGAACUCACACAGCUGUGGACAAAGCAUGUGCAGCUGCCAAGGCUGAUGCUACAAGCCCACCACCAAGCAAGUAAAUUUGCGGUUCGGUCUCUUCUGGGACCGAUCCCUGCCAAUGGAAUCGCUAGGCAAAAGCUUGAUCGGGUGUCCACAAACCAAAUGAAGCGUCGGGAGGAAGAGAACAAGCGAUUACAAGAGUCUCUUGACACUGCUGAGGCUACCAUCCGUACCAUGCAGUCACAGCUUGGAGAGCAUAAGAGAAAGUAUACUGACCUUGAGAGCCAAAUGAAGGAGGAGAAGAUGCUGGCAAGAAUUCGUGAAGCUGAGAAGUCUCAAAGCUUAGCGGAACUUACUCAGAAAAUCUCCUCAUUGGAGUAUAAGAACCAAGAGCUGGUAACAGAGGGUGAAGUCUCGCGGGUAAGUGGGAGCCGACGAGUGAUACAAGUACCCAGCGUUUGCCGCUUCAGGACAAAGUUCCUGAACUUCAAUCAGAGCUCAGGGGCACAGUGUGCCAAUGUAGAACACUCUUUUUCACACUGA